CGGAUGGAUUAAGGAUGCUUUUCCCUCCGCUUCUUCAUAUUUGACGUGCUGAUCUGAGCGUGCAGCAAGUGUGGACACGUGGAGCUAAAAGGAAGUAUUAGUGUGUAUGUAAGUGACUCAAAGAGAGUGACCGUAAUUUUUCAGUGUACGUGAACCGUGGCAGGCAGGAGUAUACUUCCUUUAUUAAUUCACGCAGAAGGGAUAUUCCCCAAACAGGAAAAAUACAGCACAGGUUCUUGUCAUGACUAAUUAAAAAAAAUAAAUACAUUUUUAAAAAGUUGUCAGGAAACAUCAGCCUCUGCUGUGUUGAAUACAGUGUGAACUUGAUCUUGAUAGUAGGAUUGAAGCACAUUCAACAAAUGGGAGAAUAAUGCUUGUUCCUUAGUGUCUUAUUAAGUAAAAACUUCAUUAUAAUCCACGUUUUCAAACUCUGCAGGUAUUUUUUCAACCCGGACACCUGUUGCGAUUUUCGGUUAAAUGAACGGGAAUGGAGAGUAAAUUCUGUUUUUGCCGCUUUUUUACGUGAUAUACGCAUUUUAAAGCUAUAAAUUCUAAAUAGACUAAAAUAGACUACGAGUGGUUGAAAAUUUGGUAAAACGUACGUCAGUGGAAAUUAAACCUGAAUUGCUUCAACGCUUUGUGUCGAUCAGCCAGUGGGUCAGAGGUUUAGUCAUUGUUUUAGAAUGACGUCGUGUACACAGACACCGCAUGGAAGUUUUAUAUUAAGGAGCCGCUCUCAUGACUGUGUGCGGCGACAAGGUGACGCAAUGGGCGCGAACGCGCAUAAGAGGCCAUGUGGAGGCAAACGGAAUCUCAGAGACUCUGCGGAGCUGAGAGCUGAACACACGAGAUGAUCUGCACCAUCCUGCUGCUGGUCCUGGUCCUGGUCCUGCUGUCCUUCAUCCUCACACACAGAACCAGAUCCAAGAGUGAGCCACCUCUAGACAGAGGACUGAUCCCAUGGUUAGGCCAUGCACUUGAAUUUGGGAAAGAUGCUUCUAAGUUUCUAAAUCGAAUGAAGAAAAAACAUGGCAACAUUUUCACUGUACGUGCUGCUGGCCGCUAUGUGACGGUGCUUCUGGAUCCACACUCUUACGACGCAGUCAUCAAUGACUCGGAUUCUCUGGACUUUACUCGCUAUGCACAGGUGCUCAUGGAGAGGAUCUUCAACCUGCGUCUCCCACAUCACCAGCCUGGUGUCGCAAAAGCAUUGAUGAAAAGGCACUUCCUCGGAAUGAAUUUGGCGACUCUUAAUAGCACCAUGUGCAGAUACCUGCAAUCUCUGCUGAAAGCCGACAUGCCUCAGAACCGGAAAGACUGGAAAGAGGAGGGACUGUUCGACUUCUCUUACAGUUUACUUUUCAAGGCGGGGUACCUGACGCUGUUUGGAGGGGAGCAGAACAACAACAGCACUGAUCCAUCGAGCAUCUAUGAGGAAUACAAGAAGUUUGACGGCCUUUUAACCAAAAUGGCAAGAGGCACAUUAAAACCAGAGGAGAAGAAAACGGCACUGAGUGUUCGGAAGAGACUCUGGGAGCUUUUGGCUCCGGCAGGUCUGACUGAGAGCUCGGGGUCAAGCCCUUGGCUCCAUGACUACCGGCGACUCUUGCAAGAGGAGGGAACCGAUGAGGAGAUGCAGAGAAGGGCUGUACUGAUGCAACUCUGGGCCUCACAGGGUAAUGUUGGUCCUGCUGCAUUUUGGCUGUUGGGCUACUUGUUGACAAAUCCUGAAGCUCUGAUGGCAGUAAAGAGGGAAUUUAGCCAGAUCUCGCAGAUGGAAACCUCAGAGACUCUUCCCAUGGACAGACCCAUGAACACCCCGGUGUUUGAUAGUGCCUUGGAGGAGACGCUGAGACUCACAGCUGCCCCCUUCAUCACCAGAGAGGUGGUGCAGGAAAAGACACUUCACAUGGCUGAUGGCCAGGAGUAUCGGCUAAGAAAAGGAGACAGGGUGUGUUUGUUCCCCUUCGUCAGCCCUCAAACAGACCCUGAGAUUUACCAGGAGCCACAGAAAUACAAGUACGAUCGCUUCUUGAAUGAGGACGGAUCGGUGAAGAAGGAUUUUUAUAAAGCAGGGAGGUGGCUGAAAUAUUACACCAUGCCAUGGGGCGCGGGGACCAAUGGCUGUGUGGGAAAGCAGUUUGCCAUCAAUACCAUCAGACAGUUUGUUUACAUGGUGUUGACUAACUACGAUUUGGAGCUGUGUGACCCAAAUGCUCAGAUGCCAGAGAUAAAUGCCAGCCGUUAUGGAUUUGGGAUGCUACAACCUGAGGGAGAUUUGCUCUUCCGAUAUAAACCUAGAAAUACACACUAAGGGAACAGGCAAAACCUACAGAAUUUCAUGCACAUUUCAACACAAGAACUUUGUUUAUAUUGUCAAUAGGCCAUCUGUACUUUUUAUACUAUAUUUAUGUAAUACUGUAUAUAAUUAUUUUGCUAUUUAUCAAUAAAUGUAAAUUAUACUUUGUGUAAAA